AUGUCUUUCGGAGAUAAAGCUGCUGCUCGACUUGCGGGCAAGACCGUCUUUGUUACCGGCGCCUCGUCCGGCAUUGGCCAGGCCACUGUUCUCGCUCUAGCCGAAGCUGCCAAGGGCGACCUCAAGUUUGUGCUUGCUGCCCGACGAACCGACCGUCUGGACGAGCUCAAGAAGAAGCUGGAGACCGACUACAAGGGUAUCCAGGUGCUGCCUUUCAAGCUGGACGUGUCCAAGGUCGAGGAGACCGAGAACAUUGUGUCCAAGCUGCCCAAGGAGUUUUCCGAGGUGGACGUGCUUAUCAACAACGCCGGCAUGGUCCACGGCACCGAAAAGGUUGGCUCCAUCAACCAGAACGACAUUGAGAUCAUGUUCCACACAAACGUGCUCGGACUCAUUUCUGUCACUCAGCAGUUUGUCGGCGAGAUGCGAAAGCGAAACAAGGGCGACAUUGUCAACAUUGGCUCCAUCGCCGGACGAGAGCCCUACGUUGGAGGAGGAAUCUACUGUGCCACCAAGGCCGCCGUGCGAUCUUUCACUGAGACUCUCCGAAAAGAGAACAUCGACACUCGAAUCCGAGUCAUUGAGGUUGAUCCUGGAGCCGUUGAGACCGAGUUCUCCGUCGUGCGAUUCCGAGGAGACAAGUCCAAGGCCGACGCUGUUUACGCUGGAACCGAGCCUCUGGUCGCUGACGAUAUUGCCGAGUUCAUCACCUACACUCUCACUCGACGAGAGAAUGUCGUCAUUGCCGAUACUCUCAUUUUCCCCAACCACCAGGCUUCUCCUACUCACGUCUACCGAAAGAACUGA